CUCAAAAAUUUAAGCAGCAGGUUUUUUGUAUUGUCGAUAUGUGGUUUAUCAUUUUAGCGUUAUCUCUGUUCAACUUUCCCAUUGAGUGAGUGAGGGCCAUUUCUAAUCUCUACCUCUCUCUGUCCUUUUUCCGCCAUGGCUUUCUCUGCAUCUCUUUCUCACAACUCUUUCUCAUGCCUCACUCAAUUCCCACAAAGUUUUAGAAGAAACCCACUUCGUUUUCAACUCAUUCGAGCCGUAAAAUCCACUGAACCGGAGAAGGUAUCGGAGACCAAAACCCAGGAGCCUUCCAGGACUGAACCUUCAAGUUCAAGCUCCCCCACCCCCGCUCCCAAGGUUCCAAAGAAGCCCGUCUAUUCGAUGAAGAAGGGUCAGAUUGUGAGAGUUGAUAAAGAGAAGUAUCUUAAUAGUGUUAAUUAUCUAUCUGUUGGACAUCCACCUUACUACAAGGGCUUGGAUUACAUUUAUGAAGACCGUGGUGAGGUAUUGGAUCUUCGCAUUUUCGAGACAGGAGAAUAUGCACUUAUUGCAUGGGUUGGUAUUCCAACUGCACCAGCUUGGCUGCCGACAGACAUGCUUAUAAAGUCGGAGAAACUCAACUACGAAAGACUCUAACCACAGCUUUGGAUCAACGAUGCUCACUUGAUGGUCUAUAGUUUACACUUCUCCCCACGUCUCUGUAAAGAUGUGUAAUUCCAAAAUACACCAUUAAUUAUUCAUCACAUGCCUUUUGCAACCCUUGAUGUUGAUUCUGUUAAUAUUUAACAUCAAUGUACUAGAACAAAGGAAAAAUAAGUGUUUUUAUGAAGAAUGAUAUUGUAAGUAA